CUGUUGCGGCGAGGUCUUGGAGGAGAGAUCAGGCAGUCGGUUCACCGAUGCAGCAGUGAAUUUAGCUCUCCGGAAAGAGCGAAAAGACGGCGAAGUUUUGCUCAGAAUGCGUCCGUGAAGCACUGACGUCCGUUUUAAAAGGAGGAGAAAUCUAAUCUUCUGAUAUAAACCUCGCUUUUUUUCUUUUGUUCCCGGAGAGCUUGGAUGCGUUUCCAAACAUGAUCGGGAAAGGACUGUUCCUUCUGACAAUACUGUCCAACUGCGUUCAGUCAUUGCCGGUGACUUCAAGUCAGCUGGAGAAUGACGACGUGAAGGUCAUGAAAUGCAUCGUGGAGGCGUUGGCGGAUGUGCUCUCAAGGCCACGCCCCGUGCCCGUCAGUCAGGAGUGUUUGGUCACGCUGAAAACAGAUGACAGGCUUGUUACUAUUCUUCGUCACCACAACUUUCUGAAGGAGCUGCAGCAGAUCGCAGUGCAAGGUGAUGAAGAGAGAGCGGAGCCGCAGGGAGACGCUGGUACACCCACCCCAACCAUGACUACUCUACAGACUACAGACGGUGUUGCUGAUCGAUCCAUGCUAGAGGCCCUGGGAGGCCCCGGAGAAAGAUCCAUCUUGUCGCAGAAGAAGAGAGCGGGAAACGGGGGUGAAAAAGAAGAAAAGGACGAGAGCAUCGGGGACAGUGAAGACGAGGGGAUGCAAGUGAAGAGGGAAAAUGAUGAGAACCCGGGAAGUCACGUCUCGGCGCCUGUGGAUGAGUGGAGGGCGGGCAAGGCUGAAAAGAGGCAGGAAGAGGAAAAGGAGUAUGAUGAGAAGAGAGCAAACUCGCAGGAGAAUUCGGAGGAGGAGCACGAGACUAAGGGUGACGAGUCUGAAGAAAAUAGACCCAGAAAGAAAUUAAAAGCGAAGAGGUUUGACGACGAAGACGAGGAGGAGAAGGCUAAGAGGCACGACGACUCAUCUCACCAACACGGGGGCAACGAGGAAGAGGAGGGGGAGAUGAAGAGAGGGAGCAGGCCGAAGCACUGGGCCGAGAGGACCAAGUCUGUGCCGCUGAAGAAGAAAGCAGCCGUAAAGGAGCAGGAGCAGGACGUGCCUCAUCAUUCGAAAGAGGUCGCAGAGGAAGAGGAGGGGGAAGAGAAGAAGGAGAAAAGAGGCAGGAGUCCAGAGGAGAGGGAGCUGCAGAUGAUUGCUCGAAGGACGCCAGAGGACAGGAGAGGGUUGGAGGAAGAGGGAAGCGCCAGCAGGAAGUCAGAGGAACCUGAGAUUGAAAGUCUCGCAGCCAUCGAGUCGGAGCUCGAAAACGUUGCCCAGAAACUCCACGAGAUGCGACGAGGCUGAGAGAGAGAGAGAGACUGCUACGAGCCUGACACCGCAACCUCCUCUGCCUCCUCAUCCUCCCGCGCUUUACCAGCUGCCUGGUUUUCCACAGAUAGACCGUGUGAAUGUGUGUCAAGGUUUUAUCUUUUGCUAUUCUUCUCGAGGAUGCCACACCGCUGCAGCCGCCCCCCUCCCCCCCAGUCCCUCACAUAGGCUAGCAUACAUUAGGUGCUCAUUGCAGCUAGACGUGCACACUAACAACAUGCAGAUGCACAUGUGUUGUGCAUCCUUACAUGCGUAGAAAACGAGAAAACUUUAGGAAAGAUUCCUAAAGAAAUACUUCUGUCUCUAAAGGACGACAGCUUUUCCUGCAUUUUCUCUGACAAUCAUCUCUCCACAUCUGCACAUGUAUAUCGCCUGCUUUUCAGAUUAUGUUAACGACGCAGAGGGAUAAAUCCAGGUAUACGCACACCACCAAGGUGAUGUUCUACAGUCACGGCAUGUAUAUGUGUACAAAGCCAUUUCUGGGAUGCUCACUUAUUUACAUAAAGUAAAAGAAGAUAUACUGUAGAUGCUUACCUAUUGUUAUAGAUACAGCUGACUCUAAUCAAGCCAAGGCAAUAAGUGGACAUUUUUAGCAGAUAAAUGGCUGGGUUGUAAUCUAAAUCUGUUCUUCUGAGUUUAUGUAAGAAAAUAAAUAAAUUGAAUAGUUUA